AUGAAUUAUCAGACUCCCCGCUUGCCGCGGUUACAUCCAGAAGUUGCCAAAUUGCGCUCCCAAGCAUCAACGGCAAGCAAAGGUACAAAUGGACUCCAACGGUCCAACUCGCAGCAACAAAUUGAGGCGAUCCGCGUGGGCGUCCAAAGCAGUAAAAACUGGUGCGAUCGAGGAUGCGCUUGCAAAUGUCACGACACACAUCGCUCACAAACCCCUUCCAUUCUGAACCGCCUUCUUGGCCAGCUCUUUGUGGCUUAUUCCGGCAUACCUGCCAUUACCCCCAAAUGUGACCAUGAUGCUUGCAAGCAAAGCAGUGCCCCCAAGGUACAGGCCGAGUUCUGGUUCCCUGCAAACCUAUUUUGGUCCAAAAUCUUGCAAGUGGAGGCAAGUUAUCAGGCCGCCACUGGCCCUUCCUUACAACUGCGAACGUAUCGCCAUGUACCCGACUCGGCUCCUGCUGUCAAUUUCACAAUCAACGGCAAUAUUGACGCCCUCAAGGCGCUAUUCGCCCAGGGGCUGGCGUCUCCCAUUGACGUCAGUGACACUCGCGGAUACUCAUUGCUUCGCUGGGCUGUGUACUCACAGCAGUGGGAAACGUGCCGCUUCUUAUUUGAUCAGGGGGCAGACGCCGACUAUCGACCAAAGGCGAUAAGCGAUAAUAGCCCUCGCAACAAAGCCUCAGAUCUGCUUUUGCAAGGUGGGCUAAGACAAGAUGCUGUUGAUGCCCUCACCCGCAUGAGUCGUCGUGAAGAUUGGUUGGAAGAUCAAAAUAUGCCCGUUUUGCACAGAAUCAUUCUUGGCAUUUCUAGUCGAGAUUUAGUCCAGGAACUACAGGAGCAUCCUAAAUCUGUCGAUGAUCAGGAUGCAAUGGGACGAACAGCCCUUCUGUGGGCAGCAGCCCGCGGCGAUGAUGAGGCUGUCACCACGCUUUUGCACUCCUCUGCAAAUCCCAAUAUCAUGGACUGUCAGCAUGCUGGCCCUGUGUCAUACGCUGCAGACCGAAACCAUGCCCUCUGUACUCGUAUUCUUCUUGCAGCCGGCGCCGAUCCAGACCCCAUCAUCCCAGGCGGCUACAAGAUUGGGAGCCCUCUCAAUUGCGCUGCUCGCAACGCUAGUGACCCCCUUCUAAUCAAGGCCUUGCUCGAGUAUGGAGCCAAUGUUGAUGCUUGUGGCAUCGAUGGACGGACCCCACUCAUCCAUGCUGCACGAACCGACAAAGUUGAAUUCGCCCAUCUCCUCUUAGAGUAUAAUGCCAACAUCAAUGCGAUCUCGAGUGCGGGGCAGACUCCUCUGACUACGGCUAUUGCGAACAACAGCCACGAAGUCCUCGGUCACCUACUGGAAAGGUGGGAUCAGUACAGUAUUUGCCCCCGUCUUGCAGGUCCGCACCUCCUAAAAAUUACAGCAGAGUACGCCGACGUCGAGACUAUGUUGAUCCUCCGUGAAACAAAUCACUUCCGUCUGAAGUAUGAUGAGAAGUACAGUGCCGGCGAUUUUGAUACGCUUCUUCGCCAACGGCUUGAUGUAGAUGAAGAAAUAGAGGAAACCUUUGCUGAACUAAUGGGUUUAGUUCGUGCGCAGGUUGUUCCACAGUCCGAGUACAGUGGUAGCUUGAUGGAGAAGGGCUUUGUGAUGGGGUGA